AUGUCAAAGACCAAAUUCGUCCUGCAGCAGCAGCAGCAGCAGCAAGGACUCAUCAGCAGCAGCAGCAAACGCAACAUCAGCACUAACAGCAACAAGACACCCCUCAGCAGCAGCAGCAAACGCAACAGCAGCAGUAACAAGACACCCCUCAGCAGCAGCAGCAAGGACAGCAGCCCCACCACCACCACCGACACCCCCAGCAGCAGCAGCAGGACGCGCGCAGCAGCAGCAGCAGCGCGACCGCAGCAGCAGCAGCAGCGCGACCGCAGCAGCAGCAGACCUGAGGUGGGGGAGCCUGUGGAAGUCGGCGAGGAGGUUGACGAGAGCAGCAGUCCAGGGAUUUGGAAGUUUGAAAACUUUUGA